CUUUUACACUACACCUCCCCUCACCGUGACAAACAACUGACUCAUUGUGCAAGGUGGUCUGUUGCGUUGGCAUAGCUUUGAGAAAGGGAAGUUGGAAACAAUGGGAGUCAACCAGUCCAAAUCCUGUGAACCCCAAGGAAGUCCAGAUUCUGACCAGACAGAAGUUAUGACCACAUCUGCAGAUGGACGUGUGGAGAUUAAAAAAGACGACCUUGGUCCCGAGGAGCAGGAGAAAUUGCGCAUGUUUGCCGACAAGGUCAAGAAUGCGAAUGAUCAAUCUUCAGCAGAGAUGAUACAAACCCUCCACGAGGAGGUUGGGCAACACGUUGAUGAGGAAGCAUGGAUGGGGCAAGCGUACGUCCGCAUUGGCAUCGUCGGUGUCACGGGUGCGGGAAAAUCCACCUUCAUCAACUCCUUCCGGGGGCUGGAGGCUGGCGACCCGGGGGCAGCAGCGGUUGACACCAUCGAGACCACGGCAGACACCGCAGAGUACCCUCAUCCCGAACACGACCACGUCAUCCUGGUAGACUUUCCAGGGGCUCUCUUCAAACUAGAGGACGGCGGACGUCGACGAUCUGCCAAAUUUGAUAUGAAAGAAUACACAAGAAAAUUUGGCGAAAAGAUGAGGGAAUGCAAUGUUUUCCUCGUCUUCACAAGUGACCGUGUCCACGACAACGCCGUGUGGAUCGCAGCAAAGGCCAGAGAAAUUGGAAAAAAGGUGUUGUUCGUCCGCUCCAAGUUCGACCAGGAUGUCGCAAACAAACGACGUGACGACAAGACCUACUUCGCUGGGGGGCAGGAGGAAGGUGAAGAACGACUCCUUCAGUUCCAUCGGCAGGACUACGUCACCAAACUGGAGACGAUGGGAUAUGGGCGCGUAGCCCCUGAGGAUGUCUUCAUCAUCAGUGGCAUAGUGGAGAACAUUCAGCGCGGCCGCUGGGAUGCCACUGCCCUGAAGGAAGCUAUGUUAAAGCAGCUGAACAUCCCACAGCAGAUGCUAUUCAUCACGAUCUGUAUUGUGAUCACAACGGUGAUGCUGUUCAAAAGAGGUUUCGGUCUUAACGAGGAUUCCGUGCGUAACCUGGCUACCCUGACAGGCAAGGACGUGACGGAGUUACAGCGCUUCGUGGAUGACAGGCUGUCUCUUGUCAAGAAGAUCACACAGUUCUUCCAAGGCGAUAUCAAUCGGCAAAAUCUUAAACAGGCCCUUGUUGUAGCGGGAGCAGGUGGAGUUCUUGCGGCAGCCAUUGCGGUGGAUGUUGCCAUAGACACUGUAAUCCCCUUUGUCGGUGGUCUAGUGACGGCUCCCGCCUCUUUUGGCAUCGCCUGGAAGGCUCUUUGUCUUGUCAUAGAACAGCAGGAGGAGUGUGCGCUUGGUUUGUACGAUCUUGCUUUCCAGCGUUAG